CCACCCACUCCUCCCCCCUCCCCCCCCCCUCCUCCCUACAUCCACCGGGUUACCACCUCACCACCACACGCCACACGCCACACUACAUUACCUCCUGCCCUCCUUCCCACCAUGCCGAUCUUCCAAAAGUCGGUGACAGAUCUGGUCCGUGGCAUCCGGUCGAACAAAAAGUCCGAGAGCGAGUACAUCAAUGCUCAGAUCGCCGCCAUCAAGGAGGAGCUCAAGCAGCCACAGCUGGUCAAGAAGGUCGUUGCCAUCCAGAAGCUGACCUACCUGCAGAUGAUGGGCUACGACAUGGCAUGGGCUGCUUUUAACGUCAUCGAGGUCAUGUCUGCACCAAAGUUUGCCUACAAGCGCGUCGGCUACCUUGCAGCCUCGCAGUCGUUCAACCCAGAGACCGAGGUCCUCAUGCUCGCCACCAACCUGUUCAAGAAGGACUUUGCCGCAGCCAACCAGUACGAGUCCGGCAUGGCCAUCAACUGCCUUGCCAACGUGUGCACAGAGGACCUUGCCCGCGACCUCGCCUCGGAUAUUGUGGCCAUGCUCAACAACUCCAAGCCGUACCUCCGCAAGAAGGCCGUCCUCGUCCUCUACAAGAUCUUUCUGCAGUUCCCUGAGGCUCUCCGCCCGGCCUUCCCGCGGCUCAAGUCCAAGCUGGAGGACUCGGACGUGUCGGUCAUUUCCGCCGCCGUCAACGUCAUCUGCGAGCUUGCGCGCAAGAACCCCAAGAACUACCUCUCGCUCGCCCCGGUCUUUUUCAAGCUCCUCACCGUCUCCAACAACAACUGGAUGCUCAUCAAGAUUGUCAAGCUCCUGGGUGCACUCACGCCCCACGAGCCACGCCUCGCCAAGAAGCUCAUCGGCCCGAUGACCAACCUCAUCAACACCACUCCUGCCAUGUCGCUCCUCUACGAGUGCAUCAACACCUGCACCAUCGGCCUCAACCAGCACCUGCCAGUCAUCCAGCUCUGCGUCGCCAAGCUCCGCGCCUUUGUCGAGGAUCCCGACCAGAACCUCAAGUACCUCGGCCUCCUUGCCCUCGGCAACAUCAUGGUCUACCACCCGCGGGCCGUCGCUGAGCACCGCGACCUCAUUCUCAAGUGUCUUGGCGACGAGGACAUCACCAUCCGCACCCGCGCCCUCAACCUCAUUCCGGGCAUCGUCUCCAAGAAGAACCUUGUCGACAUUGUCCGUACCCUCAUGGCGUAUGUUCCCAACGCCGAGGGCGCGUACCGCGACGCCAUCGUCGCCCAGGUCAUCCGCGUCUGUUCCCAGGACUCGUACGCAGCGCUCCGCGACUUUGAAUGGUACAUCUCCAUCCUGGUCGAGAUGACCCGCAUUCGGGGCACCAAGCACGGCCGCCUCAUUGCCGACCAGUUCCUCGACGUCGCCAUCCGCGUCCGCGUUGUCCGGCCCUACGUUGUUCAGAACAUGGUCAACCUGCUGCUUGACCCGCGCUUCCUUGCCGACAACCCCAAGGGCAAGGACUCCAUCUCCGAGGUUCUCUACGCUGCCGCCUGGAUUGUCGGCGAGUUUGCUGCCGAGCUCAACAACGACUACUUUGUCCGCGUCAUGCAGGCCAUCAUGCAGCCGCGUGUCUCCACCCUCCCGCCGCGCAUCCAGGGUGUUUACCUGCAGAACGCCGUCAAGCUCUUUGCCGAGGCCGUUGCUCGCUUUGGCCUCCCCUCCGCCGCCGCCCUCACCGCCCCCGUCGACGGUGAUGACGCCGACGCCCAGCCGGCCGCCGCCCGCGGCCUGCUCAUCGGCGACGCUGCUGCGCCCAACGAUGAGAGCCCAACCAACGGUUCUUCGGCCCAUCCGGGCCACGAAGUCACCAACGAGCUGGCCUCGGUCUUUGUCGCCCGCAUUCCGGCCUUUCUGCAGUCGACAGCCGAGGACGUCCAGGAGCGCGCGUGCUCGUUCCAGCAGGUUCUCGCGGUCGUCCGCGAGGCCCUCGUUGCCGGCACCGACCCGGCCAUCAUUCUCCCGCAGGUCCGCGCUCUCUUCAAGGGCAAGAUGAACCCGGUCGCGCCCAAUGCCCAGUCCAAGGUCCCGGUCCCGGCCGGCCUCAACCUCGACGCCUGGAUCAACUCGCCGCCCGACGAGGCCCUCUGGGAGUCGAUGUAUGGUGACCAAGCCGUCUCACUCAACGACUCGUCGGCCUGGGGCGCUUCGCCUGGCAUGGACCCGGCCUUUGGCGCCGCCGACCGCUUCGUCGGCAUGGGCUCCGACACCAUGUCGUACGGCUCGACGCCCGCCGGUGGCCAAUCGGCCCGCUCGCACGACAUCAACUACCUCGGCUCGGGCUCGUCUGACCCGCGCAUCCGCGACAUCGACGUCUCGGCCAUCCCUAUCGAGACCCUCACCAUCGGCGCCAAUGGCGAGGCCCAGUUUGGCGCCUCGGGCCGCCGUCGCCGCCGCCGUCGUCGCGGCGCCGGCCUCGCCGUCAACGCGCCCGCCGUCAAGCCGGUCGAGUACCAGGUCGACACCACCUACGACAUGCCCGAGGGCAUCUCGCUCGAGGAGGACAACCCCGAGUCCGAGGAGGAGGACGAGAUUGCCAAGGCUCUCAACAUCGACCUCUCCGCCCCGCUCGGCGCCGACGAGGUCCUCCCACAGCGCCAGCACCGCGUUGCCGGUGCGCCGUCGUCAGCCGCCGCCGCUGCACAGCCUGCCGCACAGCCGGUCACCAUCGGCCGUUCCGGCCGUCGUCGCCGUCGCCGUGGCGCUGCCGCCGCCACCGUUGACACCGCCCAGGACGCUCCGGCAGCCCGCCAGGCGUCAACCACGUCGCUCAUCGACCUCGGCGCCGGCCCGGCCUCGCCCGCGGCUCCGGCUCCUGCUCCGGCCGCGCCCGCCGCCUCGCCCAUUCCCGUCGUUGACUCUUCGAUGGACUCACCGGCCCCUGCACCUGCCGCCCCUGCGGGCAAGCGCCGCCGUCGUCGCCGCGGUGGUGCUGCUGCCGCUGGAUCGGCCGCCGCGCCGUCGGCCACCGCCGCGUCGCCGGGUGCGGCCGCCCCGGGCGGCUUUGCGCCCAAGCCCAUGCUCAAGCUGCUGUGCGGCAACCCGGAGUUCUUCAUCAACUACACCGCGCAGCCGAACCUGACCCAGCCGACGCAGCUGCUUGUUGCAGUCAACUGCGCCAACGCCACCGCGGACGCUACCAUCUCGGGCAUCGAGUUUACGGUCCUCGACUCGAUGAACAUGCAGCUCAUCAAGUCGCCGGGUGCCGACUCGCUCAAGACCGACAUCACCCUCUUCCCGGGCGUCAACAACGUCGUCCCCAUGACCUUUGCCUUCCAGUCGUUCGAGGUGGCGCAAAAGCUCAAGGGCUCGGUCUCGUACAUCAAGACCAUGCAAUCGGGCGGAUCAACGGCUGGCAACCUCGACUUUGCCUUUGAGUUCCCGCCGUCGUCGUUUGUUGUUGCCGUCCCUUGCACCGCCACAGACUUUGCCGCCAUCUGCGGCGGCCCAACCGCGCACUCGGCCGCCAAGUUCACCUCGACCUCCUCGUUUACCGAUGCCGUCUCGGCCAUCAUGGGCCUCCUCCACGUCUCGCUUGUCGACGCCUCGCCGUCGGCCGUCUCGCUCUACGGCCGUUCUGUCCACAACCACCACGUCGCCCUCCUCGUCAAGGACCUCGGCUCGGGCAACAUGUCCAUCGACUGCAAGUGCAGCGACGCCGGCCUCGGCUCGCAGCUCGUCGACGAGGUCGUCGCCCACUUUGACCUCCAGGUCAUGUCGUAAAACAACGUCCUCCUCCCCA